AUGUUAGGCCUCGGAAAGGCAGGCAUUAUCUCCACUAUAAUGGAGGCCUUGCUCUAUGGCUUUUCUGUCCUGAUGUUCCUGCUCACGCUCUGGAUCCUUACACGAAAUCGUACGCGGCGGCGAAUGAACUAUGGGAUGAUCGUCAUAGCUUGUAGUCUACAGGUUGUCGGCACUUCGGAACUCAUUGUCAACAUCAUCCGCGUUUGCCAAGGUUUCCUCAAUAUUGGACCGAAGUUACCUGGUGGUCCAGACCAGUACUUCGCAGACAUCACGCAGCCUACCUUUAUCUUCAAAAGUGCUGUGUCUACCGUUCAAACGCUGAUGCUUGAUGGUGUCGUCAUCUACCGCACGUAUGUCGUCUGGCAAAAUUACUACGUUCUUUUACUCCCCAUAUUGGGAUGGUUCGGCCUACUGACUGCUUCGAUUGGCACUGUCAUAUCACUCUCACAAUCUGCAGAGCACGCCAACGACAUAUUCUUUGCUCGAACCGGACACUGGAUAACGGCGAUCUGGGCAACGACGCUGGCCACUAACCUAUCCUCUUCCAGCCUGCUUGCUUUCCGGAUAUGGAACGUGAGCCGUAAGGCUGCGCAGUACAAGUCAGUUAAUCGCCUCGGGCCAGUGCUCCGUGCAGUGGUGGAGUCCGGAGCAAUAUACUCUGUAACAAUUACUAUAGGACUAGUGCUAUUUGUCUUGGGCAAUCCCGGUAGCUACAUCCUACUAGACAUGGUUUCACCGAUCAUCUCUAUUGUCUUUAACCUCCUAAUCAUUCGGGUGGCAUUUGCCUCCGACAGGAGUCUACCCGUCGUCGGGAGUACAAUUCACCAGGGAACAACUGUUGAACUAUCCGGAGGCGAGAACCGUAGCAGCCGACUCCGUAGGCUCCGACCAAGUCCCUCAAAUCAAAUGAAAUCAUUAACUGUCGAGAUCACCCAGUUCUUCGAAACUGAUGUCGAUGCUUCCUCUGAUGCGGCUAUGGAUCACAGGUAUAAUGAGCGAGUGGAUGAUGGAGAAGGAAGUAUCGCAUUGAAACAUACCCCGAGCUUCACGGCUUAGACGUGGACCCACGGCCACAAAUUCGUAGACUGCAAUUCUAAUUGGGCAUUACCUUACGUCAGGCUGUUUACUCAGAGCGGGCUCUUGGAGCAUUCUCACAUUCUUUUCGCAAUCGUCGUCGUAUUUUUCUAGUUCAUCAGAAGGGCCAAAUACAAUGUAGUUCAAGCUAUUGCAAAGCAUUGACUUGAAUUUUCCCUCGAGUUUUUCGAUCGGAAACUCGUCGAGAAGAAUAUACAUUUGGAUGGAUGGAUCAACCUAUAUGCGAAGUAAAGAUAACCUUCGGCCAUCCAAUCGAGAUGGAUCUCGAGGUGCAGGUUACGGGAACUGAGGCUCCACCGUAGCC